AUGCAAACCUCGGAUGCAUCGAGCAUCCCGAACAAUUCGCGUCUAAUCCCGCCUUCCAAAUACAACUUGAACGGUGACACCGGCUUCUCCCACGGCGCCUAUCACUCCAACCAGAACCCACAGGGCUUCUCCAACCGCUCGCGUCGCGCCAAUAUCCCUGCUAUAAAUACCGCCGCCGCCGGUCAACCCGCCGACAUGAAUUCCGGCUUCGAUAUGAAUUUCACUCCCCUGCUGCCGUCGCAGUUGCUCGUUGGCAGUCCUUUCCAGCCUGGAACCCCGUCCGCCUUUGCGUCCCCCCAGUUUGCGAAUUUUGGUGGCUUCCCGCAAGCCAAUGCCAACGGCCACGGUCAGAACUCCCACCUGGGCAGUCCGACCCAGGGUAUGCAGGGCAUGCAAGGUAUGCAGAACCACGGUCUAUACGGCGGGAUGAUAUCGGAUGGUCUGGGCGCGCCACAGUUGCUGAGCCCCCAGUCGCCUAUUAAUGGCCUGGGUGGACUUGGUAGUGCGGCUCUCGGAGGUCCUGCGUCAUCCGUCUCGCCGGGAAUGAUCUCGGGGACCAGUCGUACCGUGUAUUUGGGAAACAUCCCCGCUGAAACAAGCGCCGAGGAAAUCCUAAAUCACGUGCGGAGCGGGCAGAUUGAGUCGGUGCGUCUUCUGCCCGAUAAGAACUGCGCGUUCAUUUCUUUCUUGGAUAGCAGCUCCGCCACCCACUUCCACUCGGAUGCCAUCUUGAAGAAGCUGGCAAUCAAGGGAAAUGAUAUCAAAGUAGGCUGGGGCAAGCCUUCGCAGGUGCCGACCUCCGUUGCGCUGGCGGUUCAACAGUCUGGCGCGUCCCGCAAUGUUUACCUUGGAAACCUCCAAGAGGAGACUGUGGAAGAUGACUUGCGGGAGGAAUUGGGUAAAUUUGGCCCCAUUGACACCGUUAAGAUCGUCAAGGAAAAGGCAAUUGGUUUUGUCCAUUUCCUGUCCAUUAGUCAUGCCAUGAAGGCGGUAGCUCAGCUUCCCCAGGAGCCACAAUGGCAGGCCCCCAAGCGCGUGUUCUACGGCAAGGACCGCUGCGCAUAUGUCUCCAAGACUCAGCAGCAAAAUGCAGCACAGUUCCUGGGAAUUGCGCCAGGUUAUGCGCAUGUGCUGAACUCGGCAGACCGAGACUUGAUUUCAAAUGCGCUCGCCCAACAGUCCGUCGCGGCAGCUGCGGUAGCCACCACAGCGGGCGGCGUCAGCAACUUGGGCAACCGAACUAUCUAUCUUGGAAACAUUCACCCGGAAACCACAAUUGAGGAGAUUUGCAAUGUAGUUCGGGGAGGUCUUUUACACCACAUCCGUUAUAUCCCUGACAAGCACAUUUGCUUCGUGACCUUUAUAGAUCCUACCUCAGCCGCCUCCUUCUACGCCCUCAGUAACCUGCAGGGUCUGAUGAUCCACAACCGAAGAUUGAAGAUUGGUUGGGGUAAACACUCAGGUCCGCUCCCACCUGCGAUUGCACUGGCAGUGAGCGGUGGCGCAUCCCGAAAUGUGUACAUUGGCAACCUAGACGAAACUUGGCCUGAGGAGCGCCUCCGCCAGGACUUUAUGGAGUAUGGAGAGAUUGAGUUGGUGAACACCCUGCGCGAGAAGAGCUGUGCAUUUGUGAACUUCACCAACAUCGCCAAUGCCAUCAAGGCCAUUGAGGGCAUGCGCAAUCGGGAGGAAUAUAGGCGGUUUAAGAUCAACUUUGGCAAGGAUCGUUGUGGUAACCCUCCUCGCCAGGCUGGUAAUCAAGGCCAGAACUCACAGAACCGCACUGCUUCUGGUCUGGAAGGACCCCAGUCUCCUCCGGCCCUGAACGGAUUCCAGCAGAAUCUCAGCCAGUCAGGAUCCCAGUCAAGCCCAACCCGCCCUGCUCUGUCCCCUGCACCUGGCUCCACUGGCUCUCAGAAUGGACAACAGCGCCACCCUCUGCAGAACGUGUCCUCUCCUUCUGGCGUGUUGAAUGUGGGUUCGAACAACCCGCUCACUAUGUACCUGAGCCAGAUGUCUGCACAGCAUGCCCAGGAGCAGGAGGGCCGUAUGAACGACCCCAUGGCCCUCGCUGGCUUACAGGGCCAGUCUCAGGGUCCCCAACAGUCUCUAUAUAAUGGGACCAGCAACGGUGACCUUUCCAACGGAAAUAUCGAUGCGCCUUUGCAUCAGCAUCAGCAGCACCAACACCAACACAAGUCGUCUGCGAAUGGCUACUUGAGUGUGGGUAAUGGCUCGUCUGGUCCUGGCCACCAUGCCACUGCCAGUACAAGCAGCCUGAGUGUCCCACGCGCACAGCACUCCCGGGCUGUGAGUCUGCCCUCGUUCUCUCAAGAGCCCUUCGGGCCAGUCUCUGGACAGCCCGGUCACAUCCGCACUGGCACAACACAUCAUCCCCAGGGCAGCUUUUCUAGCUUCUCAUCCGGCCUGGGUGGUCUGAACCACACUGGAUUCGGACUGGCAAUCCAAAAUGAAAACUCUCUGCCUGGCUGGGCAGAAGAGGAAAUCGGCGCCAAAUAA